CAUCAGCAGCGUAUCAGUCGGCAUCGAGCACGCCUGUUGUGCAUAGGUACACCUACGUAUAUAUCUCGGGCAAAACAAAAAAAAAAAAAACUAAAGCAGUGUCGGCCGGUAAUAUAUAAAAAAAAAAGCGUCACCACCGGGGCGAGUGCGCGGCGCGCGGGCGUAUCGCUGCGACACCAGCAAAACACAACAAAAGAGUGAUGCAUCGAGACCGAUUGUACAUUGCAUCGUAAUAACGUUUGGUGCAUUCGGUAUACAUUUAUUUACUUUUCUUAUUCUUCGACGAUCAAGACGGAAGCGUAGGACGCUUUAUUGUUUUUCGCAACGUUAUGAUUACAAUAUCGGCGUGACCGAUGCUCUCUAAUAACGUCAUCGCUCAUCGGACGCGUAUAUGGAAGAAGAAACCGAAGAGUACGCGGCCGAGAAGAGAUUAAAAAUCGUCCUCGUUGGCGAUUCGGCGGCUGGCAAAACCAGCAUCGCCACGAGGUUCUGUCACAAUAACUUCUCGCGGCAGUACUCGCCCACGGCGGGCAUCGAUUUCUUUUACAAGAACGUCACGCUGGGCCACCACAAGAAUGUCAAUAUCCAGCUCUGGGACGUCAGCGGACUCUCGCUGCGCGGCAACAUGCUCGACAAGUACAUCUACGAGGCUCACUUGAUCUUGCUGGUAUACGACGUGACGAACAGCGCGAGCUUCGACAUACUCGAGGAAUGGAUCGCCGAGAUCCGGGACCUGAGCGAGGACCUGCAGGAGCUGCCGAUGAUGGCCAUGAUCGGCAACAAGUGCGACAUGGAGCAUCAGCGCACGGUCAAGCGAGAGAGAUCGCACCGAUUCGCCGCCGAGCACGGCUUUCAUUAUCAGGACAUGUCGGCGCGAACGGGUGAAUCGGUCUCGUUGUGCAUCGUGACCCUCGCCGCUAAGAUACUCGGCAUCAGACUGACCAAGAUCGAUCAGGACUACCACAAGCCGAUCGUCACGGCGGAGAUCGGCGAGACCGUGGACAUGCCCGUGCCGAAGAACCGCAAGGUCGUCAACAGGCGGCCCAACAAGAAGCACAUCACGAUCCAUCACUUCAAGCCGAAAAAUCUUCCAAUACCCAAAUCGAUAUCCUGCUCGUUGCAAUAGCUGCGCAGAGACGUGUGUGGUGGCCUUCUCGAUCGUCGCAGCGAAUUAAGUAUAUUUAUUAAAGUAAAAAAAAGAUGAAUUCAAAUUUAUAUUUAUGGUAACGAUCGCCGAAAACAGAGCUGUUGAAAAAAAAAAAUAAUAAUAAUAAUAAUAUAUUCUUUAAUUAUUUAAAUCUCGAGUCUUUUAAAAUUCGGUAACAUAAAAAAAACGUGUAAACUGGAACUAUCGAGUGAUCGAAUAUUUUUGUACAACCGUGAAAUAGGUCGGUAUCGAUUGAUACAUUAUUCAUUUUUUUGCUACAAUUAGUUUUCACGCGGCAUCGAUUUUAUCUACAUAGCUAUGUAAAACAGAAUUAUCAACCAAAUCUACUGCGGGGCCAGUUUGAUAAUAAGAUAUAGGAUAAAAGAGAGUAAAUUAAUUUGUACAGUUUGAUAAAAUUUACUAUUAUGAGUGUAUUUACUCUUUAAAAAUAUAUAUUA